UGAUUCCAAUUUGGAUGUGUGCGAACUUGGAGUAAAGCACAACAAUGGUUGACGUGUCAGCCAUGCUUCUUCGUGAUGACUUCAGCCACGCACCCACCAUUAACCUCCAUAACCAUCCCUCACUUCUAUAAUAUCUGUUUCAUCCUCUGCGCACACCAUCCACAAACCUUCAAGAAUCCUGAUUUGUAUAUACCACAAAACGAAAAUGGAAGCCAAGUCCAUUGUUUCCUCUGCUACCUUCACUAGUUCCACUCUUGCUCCAGUUUUUCGCUCUGAUGAUCUCAAUAACAGUAAGCUUUUGCCAUUGCCUUUACGGGUUAAUCCACGGAGAUGGACUGUUGGUGUCAAUCACAAAAGCUUCAGUUUCUGCACCAAGGCCAGUCUGAGAGAGAAUUCGGAAGCUGUUGGAGUUCCAACUUCGGUGCCUGUACGAGUUGCACAUGAACUUCUUCUCGCUGGGCACCGGUAUUUGGACGUCAGGACUCCUGAAGAGUUCAGUGCUGGACAUGUGGUAGGGGCAAUUAACAUACCAUAUAUGUACAGAGUUGGAUCAGGAAUGUCUAAGAACCCCAAAUUUCUGGAGCAAGUAUCUUCACAUUUUGGAAAAUAUGAUGAAAUUAUUGUUGGUUGCCAAAGUGGGAAAAGAUCUAUGAUGGCUGCAACCGAUCUUUUAGCUGUUGGUUAUACUGCCAUUACUGAUGUUGCUGGUGGAUUUACUGCAUGGACACAGAAUGGACUUCCAACAGAAAAUUGAUGUAUUUUGGUGGGAAUCAUAAAUCCUGUAGCUACCAUAAGUUUUUAGUUGACAAUUAGCAGAGAAGGUUUAUGUGCAGAAGAACAUUUUUCAACAAUAUAUAUUAAUCAACAGUAGACAGUACUACUACAGAGAAUCUUGUAAGGCAUAGUGAGCUUAUAUGGAGAGAUGCUGUUUUCAUGGAAAACCAGUAUCAUCAAAUUGUACUGUUGUAAAUGUCAUGGAAAACAAAAUAAUAUGUCAACUUAAUUUGUACAUAAA